AAAGAAAAAGACAUGAAAACCAGUAAUUAUGGUUUGACUGCUGCAAUAGCAGAAGCUAAUAAUUGAAGGGAACAAACAAAAGUGGUGUUUUCAGAUAGAACACAGAGUUGUUUUUGGAAUGGAUCCUAUGAUCCGGAAACUCAGAUUUCGUCUUCUUGCUUGGCUUCACCGAUCUCGCUCCGGACCAAUUUUGUUUGUGAAGAAGUUCUCAUACAAAGAUGUAAAGAGGGCCACCGAUGGCUUCCAUAGGAUAGUAUACAGCAAUUCCCAUGGGACUGCAUAUAAGGCCAGAUUCGAAGGCGGUGAAGUUGCUUUGGUAAAAGAAGCAAGAGCUUUUGACGAAGGAAAAGAAAACUUCUAUCGAGAAGUGCAGUUCUUGGGGCGGUUGCAUCAUCGCCAUCUUCUUGCGCUCCGGGGAUUUUCCACAGGGAACAAGAGGUUAUUAGUGUUCGACAAUAUCGAAAACGGAAGCUUAAAGGAGCAUUUUAAUGAUCCUCUCAAGACUCCUUUGAAUUGGAAAGCAAGAUUACAAAUUGCAGUUGGUGUGGCAGCAGCAUUGGAAUACUUGCUUCUAUUUAGUAAUCCACCGGUUUAUCAUGUCUCCAUCAACUCGAAUAACAUCAUGCUCGACGAGAACUUUACGGCAAAGCUAACUGAUGUUGGCCUUCUUAGUUCCAUUGGAACUUAUGUUAAAAUGCCUCAUUCGUCGUGUUCAGAAGAAUGUAUGGGACAAGAACGUGGGAACAUAGUGUUUCAGCUUGGAGUUCUGAUAUUGGAGCUAAUAACAGGGCAGUCAUCGGAGCAAGGAGGGACCAAUUUGAUCCAAUGGGUCCAAGGAUCGCGUCUCAGCAGUUCGAUAGACAUGAUGAUCGAUCCAGACCUAGGGAACAAUUAUGAUUCUAAAGAGCUUAAGAAACUUCUAGUUGUAGCAAGAUUAUGUUUAAAAUCUAAGAAUAACCCGGAAUUUCCAGUCCCUCAGGUAUUUCGAUUUCUGCAGAAGAAGGUACACAUUCCUCGAGAUUAAGUUGGUGAUCUUGAGCAUUCUGAUGUACAAAAUUUUCAUAUUUUUUCAUUCAUGGAGUUUGACAAGACUUGAACAAUCUGGUAGAGCGAU